GCCACUGAACAUUAAACGGAGCAGACCAAAAUCCUAAACAAGGAAAUGGUGGGGGAAUAAAACGACCAAGAUUAUUUAAUUAAUGCAUGUAAUAAUUAAUAUUUUAUUUUAUAGUAAAUUAAGACAUAUUUAUGGGUUAAAAUGGAUUACGACUUCAAAACAAAGCUGGCGGCCGAAAGGGAGAGAGUAGAAGAUCUGUUCGAAUAUGAAGGUUGCAAAGUGGGUCGAGGCACCUACGGGCACGUUUAUAAAGCUAAGCGCAAAGACGGGAACGAUGAGAAGGAGUAUGCACUGAAACAAAUUGAAGGCACUGGAAUAUCAAUGUCUGCGUGUAGAGAAAUCGCACUGCUACGAGAGUUGAACCACUCCAACGUGAUAGCGCUGCAGAAAGUGUUCCUCUCCCACAGCGACAGGAAGGUGUGGCUCCUAUUUGACUAUGCCGAACAUGACCUCUGGCACAUCAUCAAGUUUCACCGGGCUUCCAAGGCCAACAAGAAACCCAUGCAGCUGCCACGAGGGAUGGUCAAAUCACUCCUGUAUCAGAUUCUGGAUGGAAUUCAUUACCUACAUUCCAACUGGGUGCUGCACAGAGAUCUGAAACCAGCCAACAUUCUGGUGAUGGGAGAGGGACCGGAACGAGGAAGAGUGAAAAUCGCUGACAUGGGUUUCGCGAGGCUCUUCAAUUCUCCUCUGAAGCCGCUAGCUGACCUUGACCCGGUGGUGGUGACCUUCUGGUACCGGGCGCCUGAGCUCUUGCUAGGAGCCCGCCACUACACCAAAGCUAUCGAUAUCUGGGCAAUCGGCUGCAUUUUUGCUGAGCUCUUGACGUCGGAGCCAAUCUUUCACUGUCGCCAGGAAGACAUCAAGACCAGUAACCCUUUCCACCACGAUCAGCUGGACAGGAUAUUCAGUGUCAUGGGCUUCCCUGCAGAUAAAGAUUGGGAAGAUAUCCGUAAGAUGCCGGAGUACCCUACACUCCAGAAAGACUUCAGAAGAACAACGUAUGCAAAUAGCAGCCUAAUCAAAUACAUGGAGAAGCAUAAAGUUAAACCCGACAGCAAAGUUUUCUUGUUGCUCCAGAAACUGCUCACAAUGGACCCUACCAAAAGGAUCACUUCUGAACAGGCACUGCAGGACGCCUACUUCUUAGAGGACCCCUUACCAACGUCUGAUGUGUUUGCUGGGUGUCAGAUACCCUACCCAAAACGAGAGUUUCUAAAUGAAGACGAGCCAGAAGAAAAAACUGAGAAGACGCAGCAGCACCAGACCCAGCAGCAGACCGUGGCCCAGCAGGCCCCCUCACAGCAGAACCCGGCCCAGACCAAUGGCACCUCAGGGGGCACAGGGGCCAAUCCCAGCGGGGGUCUUCAACACAGCCAGGACCAGGGGCCCCCGAACAAGAAACCUCGCAUCGGGCCCUCAGGAGCCUCCUCAGGCACGGGAGUCCUGCAGUCAGAGUACCAGCACUCCAGCUCCCGCCAUGGUUACCAAAGCAACGUCCAAGGUUCCGCCCAGCCCCAGAGCACCAUGGGAUACUCCUCGUCCUCCCAUCAGUCCCACCAGUCUCAUCGCUACUGAGUUCCUCUUAGAAGCAGAGGAGCUCCACGUUUACGUCAUCACGGAACCAACCCACCACCUCAAGCACAACUCCACCACCCCCACGAGGCUCCAGCUUCUGCUCCACCACCCCCACGAGGUUCCAGCCUCUGCUCCAGCCUCUACUCCCCUCCGGGCCUCCUGAUCAGACAUGUUAUUCAGAUCACAGUCAGGCCAUUCCAGCUCCUCCACCCCAACCGGUCAACCCCCCACCCCCCCUCCCCACCUUACGUCCACAAUGCCCUCACACUCAAGUCAAGGGUACUGCAAUAUGGAGGCAAACUCAACAUAGGAACCAAAAACAAGCCCUGCCUCACAAGGCUGUAGAACAUAAUGUUGUUUUUUUCACUAAAUGGGUUGGUUUUAUUAUGGAGAGGAAACAUGGGUUAGGUGUAACCUUAAACACCUACUACACAAAUACUGAACCAUGGCACUUAUAAAAACUUGUUCUUUACAUGGAAGGACUGCAGCUCUGUUCAUUGAUGUAAACUAUAUUGCACCUUUUCCUAUUUGUUCAAUUGACAUUUUUGCUUGUUUGCUCUCAAUAAUUGAUGUUUUUGUAAAUAUUGUCCAAUAUCGAUCAGAUAGGAUGAAACACAGGAAAUAACCCUUUACUGUUAUCAUUUGUAAUCUGUUAAAAGAUGGUUUUGUCCUAAGUAGAUCCAACAGAAGACUCAUGCCUCAUGCCGGUAAGAGAAUCUUUUUUUUCUUUUUCUGUUGCCCCUUAAGAAUCACAUGUUUUCACAUGAUAAUCAGCUCACUAGCUGAUGCAGUUGCAGGGAUGUAUGAAAUAAUUUAUCUUGAUCUUGUUUGAAGGUUUUUUGUUUUGUUUUUAUACCUAGGCAUCUGUUUGGGAGAGAAAUUAAGUUUCUAUAUAUCUCUGUACAGUCCUCUUUUCGGAAUGCCCUUUUACAAGUUCUGUAAUAUUCUCCAGCAACUUUAGGUACCCUUCACUGAACUGGUUCAACAACCAAGUUAUUCAGAUACUAUGGGUCAGAAGAUGUUGACACUGCACUCAUAUUUAGUGACAAAGAAACCUAUUUCUUUUUUUUCCGCUAAUUUCACCUCAUUUGUGGCCCGGCGGCUUCUGAGUGUGUGCCUCUGUCUGAGGGGCGGUCUGGGGACUCCGCGGAUCGACACGUCCAGGAAUGGACACAGAGUGGACAAAGGUCACUGAAUGUGCGCACCGUCGUACAGGGCAGCUAAGAAGUGCACCUACGGUCCUGAAACUGCAACUGCCCAAUGUCGUUUUUUUUUAAUUCUCACUUUGUUUCGUGUUUUCUUGUCCCGUUUGACAUUUCAAUCAAGUUUGUUAUCCAAUCCAGUCGAAGAACUGCACUGUUGGAACAGAUCCAUGAGGAGCUGGAACAAAUAUGUGUUAUGUACUCCACUUUUUCCUGUUCUACUCUACCCCCUGGUGGUGCACUGAGUGUUAUAGAGUGGGAUGUUUGUAGUGGUUUCCAGUAGUAUUUCUCUCUCUCUUUCUCUCUCGCUCUGUCUCUCUCUCUUGAGAAGAAGAUGAGCAGACUGGAUGUGCACUGUGCCUAGAGAUGUUGCACAUGCACAGACAUGAGGUCCGAGCUCCAUGUACUUGUUCUGUGGCGUUUUUAAAGGGAUGUUUGAGCGCUCGCUGACAUCUAGUGGCCAUAGACAGAACUGGAUGGCCCCUCCUGCGCAGCGACAAGGAAACAAAUGUACUUUUACAUGUCGACACGAUCCAGACAGUCUUCAUCAAGUUGUUUUGCUUCAUGAUUCUUUAAACUGCCUUUGUGAUGGUCCAGAAAUCACUAGCCAUGUUCUACUGGUAUAUUUGGAUCAACAGCCCUGUGACAGAUGGAGAGCACUAUCCAGUAAGAGAGGAUGGACGGAUUCACAUUUCACCACUUUCACACCAAUUGGGAACAUAUGCAGUUGAGACUGCACUGCCUCUGUAUAUGUCAAAGGUGUGGAUUUGUAGAUACUGUACCUCCCUAUACUGAGCGAUCUGUCAGGAUCUAUCUCCUGCCCCUGGAUCUUGGUCGUAGCACUCUCAGCAACAUGUUUGACAGGAUGUUGAAUUACCAUAGAUGUUGUACCAGGUGACUUUUAAAGACACUAGUUUUAAAGAAUCAGUCCAAGACCUUACAGUUAGCAGAAUGUUUUGCAUGUUGACACUGUUUCUCAUCUAUUGACUGAUGAUCUGGCACGCAGACCAGGGCUAUACAGUAAGGUCCGUUAGUCUGUGACAAAACCAGCAGCUAUCAAAAGGUUUUUUUUCAUCUCUUUUUUAUGUGUACAAGAAAUAUGAAGUGCAGCCGAAGAGCAUUAUGGAUACUAUAGUUUACUGUUGCGAAUCUCUACAUAAGCGAGGUGUCAAAAGUAUUAUUCAACCUGGGGCUCCUACAGGUAACAGUGGGGCAAAUUACUGACAAACAGUUCCUAUGCAAAAAUCUAAGAGAAAAGCUUUUACUUGUUCAAUGGCUUCAGUUUUGCAAUGUAAGCAUGCAGAUCACACAUUUACUGUGGUUUUAAAAAUGAUUUGGGAUAUCUAUUCCUUGUGUAAUUUUAAUAUUGAAUUCAGUAAGAUGGCAUUCACUUUAGUUAUGUUUCUUAAAGAAUUGUUAAUUGUACUAUAGAUUAAAUAUUGUUAGAGAAAUGCAUAUAUAUUGAUAUCAUUGUAUACAAUCAUAUUUAUUUUCUCAUGAGUAUAUGAUAACCAUGUUUAGGUCUGUCCUCUGCCUUAACUACAGUAGAAAUAGAAAGGGACCUUUGUCAAUCAGUCAGGCAAUCGCCACACCACCCUAAACUACCAUCAUCAUUAUUUAUAGUUUGCUCUCUAUAGUCCAAUGAAAUAGCCAUAUCUGGUUGGUUGGUUACUGACUUAAUGAUACAAACUAUCUAAGCAAAUUCACCUUGUCUUGUUACUGAUUGUACAGAACCAUGACAGUGUUUAUGCUGUUGGGCCCUUUUACACCUUUUCCGUGUCUUGCCUGUGUUCGAUUGUUUAUUCACACCUUUGCUUCUGUUGACUGCUUGUGUUCAGCACAGUCAGUCUACACACAAACCUGGGGGCUGGGCCUCUCGCCUCCAGUUUUACUGAUGUGAUACAUGUUUUCAUGUGUGGACAGUGCCUUUGCCGUGUUCGUCUUUAUUUACUACUUGGUGGAAUAUUCAAGAUUUUGUUUUUUAUUUCCUAUGCCGUCUAUUAUGGUAUAUUUGACUUCUAUGUUUUGUUCCUGUUUUUUUAUGUUCAUUAUCAUCUACAGUCUGACUGGUUAUUUACACUAUUUGACAUCAAGCAGCUAAAUAUCAACUGUGUUUUUUAUCCUUUAUCCGAUCUUUAAUUUAAAGACUGCAAAAAAUAUACAAUGUAAAGUUAUGGAGGAUUGUAUUCUCUUAGAUAUUGACCUAACCCAUUGGUGAAACACAGUUAAAUGUUUUAAAAUGCUGUAAAUAAGAACACAUUUGAAUAAUUUCUCAUAUAAAUAUUGAAUAAUUGUCUUUAAAUGCACUGUUAUUACUGAAAUAUUUAGUGGUAAAUAAAAAAGUAUUUAAUGUU